GUCAAUUGAAUCGUUUAUUGCAGAAACCCCAUAACCAACAUUUCUUUCGAAUUUGACUUUUUAGUAUAUUAAUAAUGUACAAAUUGAAAUACAUUGUUUGGUGCAGAAAUCACUCAACUGCAACCAUCCUAAAGGCUUUAAACUGGGCAUCGAAUCUUUCGUUUAGUGCAGAAACCCCUCAAGUGACUGCAGUUGUGGGGUUUCUGCAACAAACUCGGGGUAAAUUUAUUUUUUGUGUUGAGCGAUGUUGGCAGCCGUGUCUUUUCUUGUUGCCAUGUGCUCUUCACUUCCUGUCUGUUGUCACUUGUCAGUGGUGUACUGUGUGGUGAUUUGUUGGUGGUCCACAUUUACCCUCCUGAAAUGUAACCAACCACCUGAGCUACCAACUGCAGUUGCCUACCCUCAAGGACAGGUACCUAUCCAAAAGGCAAAGCUCACUGACAUCACAAAGUUGACCAACUAUACCACAGGGUAUGAAGACUUCUACAAUGCUUUGUUACAAUGGCCAACAACAGAUGCCGAAAUGAUAGAGAGGUCCAAUGAAGAUGACGAGUAGGUUAAGUCCGAAAAAUGUAUAUAUUUUCAUGUUUUUAUACUUGUUAAUGAGUUCUAUCUUUGAAUAAAGUGUCUUAACCAUA